AUGCUGGACGCGGACAUUGACUGGGAGAACAGCGCAUUCGCAGGACUAAAACGAAGGCAUGACAAGAAGCUCAAAUCGGAAAGUGAUGGCGACAAUAUUGGUGGUGACGAUAUCGAAAUGAAGAAAAGAAAGUUUGAUGGGCAGAUAGAUGAUAAUUUGGAGGAAAUGUUGCCUAUAAAAUUGAAGGACUACUCGGGUUUGAGUGCUACUGAGCUGCUAGGCAAAAGGAAAGAACUUCUAGCUGAGUUCAAACUGACUAUAUCCACGUACGCCCAUCAACUCCACGUUCGCCCAUCAACUCCUUACGAAUCCUCAGGAGAAUGUGAGUGUUAUAACGGUCACGGUUGA